GUGGGUGCACCGGAGAGGGGGCAGUAGAGCCUGAUCGCAGCCGGAGUCACUCUCAGAUGUGUAGUGUUCGCCAGUAGCCUGAUAGCCUCACUCCGCACUCAGCCAGAUGGUGGCCGGAAUAGGAGGCUUCAUCUUCCUGGGCACUCUGUCGCUGGCUCUGCUGCGACUGGGCGACGGAUCGCUGCUGGUCGCGCGGCCGCAGCGACUCGAUGACGACGAGGACGACCAGUCGUGGUCGCGUGCGGCUGCCGCUCCAGCCGCCACCUCCUGGCGCAAGCGGACGGCCGGAGGCGGCAGUGGCGGCGGUGGAGGCGGCGGAUCCCAUCCUGACCUGCCCAAGGGGCUCGCCAACCAGUUCCUCACACGUUCGCCGCGCGGAAACCGCCAGUACGACGUGCCGCAGAUCGAAUGUCCGCCGGCGGAGGAAGACGGCAUGGAGCGGUUUGCGUGUCCGACGCCGGACCACAUGGGUCGCUACCGCUGUAUCGACGACCAUGUGCUCUGCGACGGAUUCAUCGACUGUCCCACCGGAGAGGACGAGGACCGCCAGGCAUGCAUGUUCUACAAAACGACGAAGGCGCACUUAGAUAUCCUGGCAGAUGCGCUAUUACGAUGGGCUAGGGGUCGUUAACGACACGACCUGACACCGGCGCCGCCAACUUGUCAUCUCAACAACCAGUCUUGCCACCACAACAAGCAAAUCAUCCCCCCCACCGACAAACAAAUCACCCUCCAGCUCCCCGACUGCAGUCAGACUGGCUUCUCGAUCAACGCGCACCGCUGCUCCAGGAUGGUCUCUAUGGUAACUAUACACUUGUUGGCGGAAUCGGGUCCCAAGCUCCAGCUCACCAUGAUCCUCAACGACGCCCUCGGCAUCCUCAACCACCUCUCCUCCACUAAACCCUCUCCACAUACCCCUCCCCCAAACGGACUAAUCACCAUCAUGAUUAUGGACACAGUUGUUGUUGACUACUCUAACAAACAAUUAAAAUCUUCCUUGUACACUUGGUCUGAUUCUGACAACACACCCUACCCAAAAUCAGCAUUAGUUUGUGAAUUUAACCUGCUACAGAAGCCACACAACAAGACGACAGCUGUACGCCUCGUACACUGCACCAGUCAAAUUACACUCGAUACCAUAAAACAACAAUAAGGCCUCAACCUGGCUGAUCAUGUAGCUAUAUAUUUUUUGUAUCAUGAAAGAGAGUAAAAAACAUGCACGGAACUGAACAUUACUGAGGAUAAAUUAAUGUUUUCAAAACACAAAAUAUAAAUAAAAUAGGUAGUGUGUUAAAGAAACAAAAACCGAUGUAUAAUAAAAAACAUAGGAGCUAAGUUUUAGGUAUCUUAGAUUUGAUUUAUAAAAUUGACUGAAUACAUCUAAUGUUAUUUUUAAUUAUUAAUUAUACGAUUGAUUGAUUGAAUGAUUAAUUAUUAUCAAAUGACACAGUAAGACUGUAAAAACACUGUUAGUUAUGAUUAUUAUGGUUCUCACUGAUAUUGUUGAUUCAAGAUUACUACUACUGUAACACAGUACUCAUAAUUAUUUUUAGUUUAAUGUGUUCAAGUUGACCACAGAUAGGAUGGUUGGUUUUAGUCUAUAAGUGAGAAACAGAGUUAAUUAAUGGUUUAUUUCUUAGUCGUCCAAAAUCGACCGACGAUGAUAUUAUAUUAUUCCAAUGAGUGUGAAAAGGGCUUAAUAUAAAAAUAAAUAUGGCCGACUGAAAUAUGAUUUUGUUGGGUGGCGGUGUGCUCGAUUGCUUCUCUCCCUCUUUCACUAGACGACUUUCUGCUUCCUCCAAUAAAAUAGUAACAAAUGUGCGCUCUUGUUGAAAAUGAUGUGUUCAUAUAAUAAUGUUAAUCUUGGUCGCAUAUGUCAAUGUUUUCUGAAUCCAGUCUUCCUUCUGCUGAAACACGCUUUUCCAUCAAUACCAAUUCACGAAACAAUACUUUAAUCUUUGCAUUAUGUUCAUAAGAUACAAAUAUAAUCGUGAGAGAUGAAUCGACUGUAAAACAAGGGAAAAAUUGAACAUUUUUCGACCCGGUUUCAGAUAAUAUAAGCAGUUAACUUCGUUGAAGAUUUUCUAUACCUUUCAAUAAUCACCAGGAGAAAAUAUAACAAUGUUUAUUCAAUCCUGAAACAAGUGAGAUGGGAAAAUUGAACAUUUUUCGACUCGGUUGCAGUUAAUAAAAACAGUUAACUAGGUUGACGAUUCUCUAUACAUUUCAAUAAUCACCAGGAGAAAAUAUAACAAUGUUUAUUCAAUCCUGAAACAAGUGAGAUGGGAAAAUUGAACAUUUUUCGACUCGGUUGCAGUUAAUAAAAACAGUUAACUAGGUUGACGAUUCUCUAAACUUUUCAAUAAUCACCAGGAAGAAAAUAUAACAAUGUUUAUUCAAUCCUGAAACAAGUGAGAUUAUAAAGUGAAUCAACGUUUGAUACUACAGACAAACUGAAACAAGUAAGAUGAUCCAUUGAGGUUUUAAUGAUGAUACUGAAGUCGAAUCAGACAUCUUUGAAUAAAUCAAACAUCUUCACAACCCAUCAAUUAAAAUCUAAUAUUCUCAAGAUGCUUCUGUGUUUUUCCAUGUUAAGAAGUUGAAACUAUCUAUCAUUCACGAGACAAAAUUUAUAUUCUUGGAUUGAGCCCUCCUCAGGAAAAAAUAUUCUUAAGAAAACUUCAUAAUUGAAGUUCAGAUCAUGAAAGUAUUUCGCAUCAAUUGAGAAUCGUCACUCCAAUGAUGGAAUGAAAAAAUGGGAAAGGAUUGAAAAACUCAAUGAUCACGCAAGAGUAACAUUUACUCAAUGAUCUUUCACAGAAUUGAUGAAGAAUCCUGAUAUCUCUCACUUAACAUUCUCAGUAAUACACUAUCGUUCUCUAAUAUUCGGUUACAGUCUUUCUCAAUGCAUAAUUAGCUUCUUUUUUCUAAAUCUCUAUAUUGAAACAUCAACCGUAGAUAUUUCAAACUAAUUGGCAAAUCCUGUAAUGAAUACUCAAGUGAUAACAAUUCCAAACAGAAUUAAUCCCAAGUCCAAGUUUCAACUCAGAAGCGCGAUAUGAAAAUACGAGCAUUAUUAAAUACAUUAUUUAUUACAUUCGUUAUUCAAUCCUAAAGUUCAUAAAUAUUUGGACUCAAAAUUGGAUAAAAAUCAUGAAGUGUGAACAUAACCUACUUUUGGAAAAUUUCUAUCUAAAUUUGAAAAAGGAAAAGUUUUUAGCUUAAAGCCUGUUGUUCCUUUAUCAAUCAUUCAUAGUUGAGAAUGAUAUUGUAACCAUCAAUGUAUGAAUAAAUACACUAUUUAUUACAUCAUUUAAUACAUUAGACAAUACACACAUUCCAAUGGAACCGUUCCCCAUAUUGAUGAAAAUACGCUUUCUAUAAAUUCUAAAAUUCUGUACUAUCCUAUAGACGGGUUGAUACUGGCUUUCAUUUCCCAAUAUAUAGAUAUAGAAAACAUGGGCAGGUGCGACAAGACAGUCUUGUUAAAAAAUUUAGCUAUUGUAGUAGGAACUGAGAGUACUAUCAGAGAACGUAACAGUACCUGAUGAUUAGAUUAUUGUUUUCAAAUGAAUUCCACAAUAAAAAGUCAUUUGAACCAUUCCAUGUUACUGAAAUUCUACAAAAGCAUUGUCACUCUCCAGCAAAAUAAUUAUAUAUGCUCAUGGACUACACAUACAACUAUGUGGAUUAUUAAAUAUUGUAAUAUGAAUAUUUCAAAAAUUGUGUAAUAGCUUCUACUAAAAUAGCUAAACAUUAUCUGUUAUACUUUCAACUUUGUUUAAUCGGUGAAGAGUUACCACUUUAGUAGAAAGGUCGAUUUUUAAUUUAAAGAUAACUACUAACUACUACUAGGUUCCUACGGCGAAUAAUUAUCUUGUAUAUAGGCAGCAUUAGGAUGUUAUAUCUAGAGUAGUGUUGUGAAGACCACAUUAUAAUCUAUAUUGAAUGUUGGUAGUGAAGAAUUGGGAGAAAUGGAAAAUGAAAAAUCUUGAUAGUUUUAUGAAAAUUCAGUGAAAUAGUAAACUUCCCUUCUAAAGUAAACUGUCAAGUCCAACGCAGUCUCUCAUCCAAUUUACUUCAAGGCUAGGAAUUUAUAGUUUUUUGAGUUGAGCAAUUUAUCACAGUUACAUUUGAUAUUUGUUUUUGAGAAUAAGAGAUUGAAGCAAAAAAAUAUUGAGAUAAUAGCUCCAAUCAAACUUAAUCCGCUUAUAGAAAAAUACAGUCAUCAAGAAGUGGAUGAAAAGUAAUUUAUGAAGUAUAAUAUAUUCAUGUAGUCCAAGAAAUUGAUAUCGACUGAUGCCAAAUGAAUAUUGGAGUACACCAAAAUUGUAAAAAUUCAUUUUAUUAUGAUAAAAAUUCACAUAUUCCAUUAUUGGAAUGCUUUAUCUGGAACCAAUUUCUUGUAUUCACGAGUAUUUGGAUAUAGGAAAGGCAUUCUAGAAUAAAAUUCAUAUCUUUCAAUAAGCAAUAAUAACAGUUCUUAUACAAGAAUACCAUUGAAUAUCAAUGAAGCUGAAUGAAAAUUAACUUACCAAGCAAUAACAGUUCAGCAAAAUUAUCUGCAAAAUUUAUUGAAAAAACAGUUAAAAAUGCGCGCAUAAUAAUAUUAUUAUUCAACCGCCCAAUCAUUAUUAUAAUUAUGAUAAUUAUUAUUGAAAAUGGAUCUUUCUUCUUCAAAAAUUGAUGACUGUUAUACAGAUCACUUCAAUAUAACCGCUAUAUGAAUGUUUUUUCUCACUGAGGUAAACAAUUUAGGCUUCUUGUAUACAUAACGUUCUAAGUCGAUGAUUUUAUCUAUAAUGUUUCAAACUGACAAACAGCAGGAGUAAUUCUAAAAUUUAUACCAAAUAUGAGAAGUUGAGGAGCUAUACUCUCCAAUGAAAUUUUUAAGAUUUGAUCCAAGAUUACAUUCUUAAUAAAUAAGUAGGAACAUAUAAGGAAUUUUUUACAAUCAUUGUGAGUUAAAUUCUGUUGUGUCAUGAUUCUAUGUAUUUUCCAACCACCCAUCUUUUGACACAUAGGUAGAUUACAUACAGAAAUCCACAUUACACGAGUGCAAUAAUAUACUUGAGCCUCGAUUGGUCACUACAAAUUACAGGAAACGAUUAAAAUCAUAAAAAUAGGAUAAUCUACAAUUAAUCAUUACAAAUUACAGAAAACACAUAGAAUCAAGAAAUUGAAUUAACGGGGUGGUAUAAAAAACUAUAUUAUAAUGCUCUUGGAAUUCUCUUACAUAUGAAAAGUAUCUGCAACAAGCAAAAAUUAUCUUUUUUACUCUAAAAUUUUGUCUGUAAUCCAGUUGUGUCCUUUUUGAAGUGGUUAGACAAGGGAUUAAAUGAGUGAAGUAAGGUGAAGAAAGGUGCAUCAAACAUCAAUUGAAACAUUUAAACAUUGAUUGAACAAACUUCUGAAAUACGAUGUUUGUAAAACAGACAGAUCAAUGAAUGAGACGGGAAAACUGAGGUAACAACAUCAUGACAAACAACAAAUCUCGAAGUGUUAAUCAGCUCAGAGCUCGAAUUUCCAAUUUGGUGUACACUCACCUCACAUCAAAACAGAACAAUUCAAAGAAUCACAGAACAAGUCUGCAAAGUUUUCAAACAAGCUUUGCCGUUACAAACUGAACAAACUGAUACCGUUUAAUUGUAGCAACUUUCUGCAAUAGACAAGCAGCAUAACCUGACCUGACCUUACCUAAGGAUUGGAUUAUUUUUGUAUAAGGAUUUGAUGAUUUGCGUUUGAAUAAACUGUGAUUGAGUAUGGAUGAGGAAAUCAAUUGAAUAUGGUGGGUACUUGAGAAAAAAGGAGAAGAGGAAGAUGAAGAAGAAGAGGAAGAUGAAUAGGAAAAUGAAAAGGAAGAUGAAGAUGAAGAGAAAAAUGAAGAAAAAUAAGAAUUAGAAUAUGAGAGAAAAGUAGAUGAUAUGAGUAUAAGAAGAGAGGAAAAAGGAAAAAAGAAGAAGAAGAAGAAGACGACGAUGACGAAAAAUAAGAAGAAGACGAAGACGAAGACGAAGAAGAAGAAGAAGAAGCGGCACAUUGGUUUCAAUAAGUCUCCCCGCCAGUCAUCAACUUAAUCCAGGGUUUGAAUCUCGCGAAAAUUUCUGUGGGAGCACUCCACUAUUACUAUUAUUAGCUUCGAAAUCAGGUUUUUCUCUAUUUUCUCAUGGAGCAAUCAUUCACAUAACUUCACCACUCAUCAUGCACUCACCACUCAUCUCAUCAGCACUUCACCAGCACUCAUCCCAUCCACAGCACUUCUGGGCCACAACACUUCUGGGUCACAUGAGAACGGGCGUCUCUCCGUUUGACUUGCUGGCGUCAUCAUAGCCUGAUCGUUAGCAAGACGAACGGAGCGGCUUAGUCCAAGAACUUCUGGGUCACAACACUUCUGGGCCACGUCACACUUCUGGGCCACAGCACUUCUGGGUCACAUGAGAACAGUCUCUCCGUUCGUCUCACUGACAUCAUCAUAGCCUGGUUGUUAGUGAGACAAACGGAGCGGCAUAGUUCAAAAACGUCACUGGUUCACCAUCUCUUGCAACGUUGAAGACUACUUUGAAGACAAUAGUUUCCGAAUCCAUCAUUACAUUAUACGAAUUUAAGCACUUUAAUAAGACAUUGAAUACAAUUUUCUUUCAGAGUAAUUAACUCAAUUUCAAACUAUAACCCGGGUACAGCUGUAUUUUGGAAUCCAUCAUCACACCAUACGAAUCCAAGCACUUGAAAAAUGAAAAUUUGAAUUCACUGGAGAAUAAAUUAUUCAAUUCAAAAGCCGUGGCCUACUGGAUAGAAGCUGUAUUUUGAUAUCCUUCACCACAUCAUACGAAUCCAAGCACUUUUGAAAAUUUGAUUUUAUUGGAGAACAAUUAUCUCCAUUUUCAACGAUAAGCCGUGACCUACCAGUUAACAGCUGUAUUUUGAAAUUAAACACCAUAUCAUACAAAUUCAAGCACUUCAAUAGAACUCUAAAGGAAAUAAUUUAUGCAAUUUCGAACAAUAAAUCGUGACCUACCGGGUGAACAGCUGUAUAUUGAAAUCCAUCAAUACAAUCAUACAAAUUCAAAGACUUAGAGAGAAUAAAAUUUAUUGAAGAAAAAUUUAUGCAAUCACAAACAAUAAGCCGUGGCUCACCCAGUAGUGAUAGCUGAUAUCAAGAAGUACCAACAGCAAUGCGCUGUAUACGACUGAUAGGUGGCAAGUCAAGUAGUAGAGAAAGACGAAAUUUCAAAAGAAAUUGAAAGAAGAAAUUGAGAUUGAAAUUCAAUACAGUGAGAGAAGAAUUGAAAAUAGAAACACUGAGAAAGAAACAUAGAUUCAACACAGAAAAUGGAGAAAUUCAGCACAUUCAAGAAAAAUUGCAAUAGAAAUUUUAUAGUGAAAAAGAAUAAAUUGAACACAGGAAAAGAAGAAAUUGAGAUAGACAUUUAACAGAAACAGGAGAAGAUUUAGAUGGAAAACUGAAAACUAUCAGGUAGAAUUUUGAAAUAGAGUAGGAAUGGAACGAAAUAUAGGCUUAGCUAGUCAUUGAAAUGCUUGUAGUCUUCGAAAAAAAAUCAAAAAUAAAAUUUUCUGUUGAAAGCAAAUAUGGAAUGGAAAAGAUGAACCAACCUGGAAGAAUAUCACAGAAAUUGAGGAUGGGUCAAGCAAUUUGAAAAUAAAUUUUCAAAUAUGGGAAUAAUCUCAAGGGAUGAAUUGAUAUCCGUUAUUAUCAGAUCAGCAUUCUAUCAUAUGAGCCUCAUUAGAAGCUGACGAUUUCAAACGAUAUCCUAAUCCCUAUGAGACAAAACUUAUUGGGGAUUUAUCAUCCAUUGUUUUCAAUAUUUGAGCUGGGAUUUACCAUUUACUGUUUUUAAAAUUUGAGCUGGGGAUUUGUCAUUCAUUGCUUCCAAUAUUUGAGCUGGGAUUUAUCAUUUACUGUUUUUAAAAUUUCAGCUGGUGAUUUGUCAUUCAUUGUUUCCAAUAUUUGAGCUGGGAUUUAUCAUUUACUGUUUUUAAAAUUUGAGCUGGGAUUUGUCAUUCAUUGUUUCCAAUAUUCGAAGUGGAGAUUCUGAGAUUAUGUGUUUGAGAUUGUGACAAGGGCCUGUCGCUAUUUCAUUAUACAUAACAUAUUAAUUCAGAAACGAAGAAGUAAACGGUUCUGUGGAGAUAUUUUAAUUUAAUAGGCUGGAGUUUACUGAUUGUUAGCGCAAAGGAAAACAUCAGAAUUGAAAAAGAGAGCUUGAAUUCAUCCAAUCGCAGUAAAUAAAUUCAUUAAAUAUGCUAAAUCAAUACAUUCAUAUUGAAAAUACUAUGAGGAUCUUUCCAGUCAGAAACCAUAAAGCAGCCAAAUAUUAAAAAAAAUCAAUCGAACUUUGAUUUAGGAUGAUGCAUGCUCUCAUUCAUAUUGUAUGCUUGUUCAUAUCAUCUCAUUCUUUUAUCACAUUGUUCACAUUAUCACAUUGUAUUACAUUGUUGUACUUUAACAACCUUCAUCUUCUUAUUUAAGAAUGAACAAGAUUACUAGAGCAUUGAGUUGAGCAAUAUCUGAUAUCAAUGACUAAGUUGAAUAAUAUUGAAUAUCUAGAAAAAACUAGUUCCAAUAAGACAGUAAGGUAGUGAAUAACCUCAUUGAGAAUGAAAUCCCUACUUGUUGAAAAUAAUCAGAGUCUGAUAGCAUCUGAAUGAACUGAUUAAUGAAGAUUAAUUGAGUCCAAUAACACCAGAUCAAAACACUGUCAUCAAGACAAUGAGAUCUGUCAGGAAAUAUUUCAAACAAUAAUUUUAAAAAUUCCAUCAUAAUGAUAGACUGCAAUAUUGUUGAUAAUCAGACAUUAGUUCUUAGUUUAAUUCCUGAUCAACUUGGAAAGUAUAUACAUUUCCAUCCAAGAAUUCUCUAAAAAAAUCACCAAACAUCCUGUUGUGAGAAAUCAUUAUGGGAAAUUCUGAUUUCUCCUGAAAGUAGUAACUCUUAUUGAAAUGGUUGACUGUGAGAGAUUUCCGAUUAUUCCCCUUAAUUCAAGUUCUUCAGCUCCUUUAUUUAUAAUCGCCAACCAUUUUUCACGUUUCCAAUCGCUUUCUUCAAAAAUGUUCUCUGAUUCCUUUCUACAGAUUGCCUAAUUGGGAACAACAAUAAUUUUUUCCAUCCAUAUUACUAUCAUCAAUCAUAGGUACUUUCUUUAAAAAUUUUCUACAAUUCCUUUCUAGAGAUUGCUUAAUCUAUUUCAAUCGGAAUAGAUGAUAAUCGAUUCCAUCCACAUAAUUAUCAUCAAUUGAAUCAGUUCCCUAGUACCAACAGAAUUGUCGGUAUUGCCAAUCAUUGAAAAGCAGAAAAUCUUCCAGAAAAGUUGUGUUCAGAUCGAAUGCUUGUUUCUCGUAACUCGAGAUAGAAUCAGUCCAGUAGGAUUUUCUAGUGUAGCGCGUAAUAGUUUCGCGGUUCAUCCGGUAGGAGCAGUGUAGUCGACGAUUAUUUAUUCACUAUAUUUCAAUAUUGCACAAUAUAAGUGUAUUUAGAGUAGCGUGUAGGAUUUAGACUAGAUGCAUGUGUAUAACUAAAUACAUGUUCGCACAUUGAUAUUAUAACUUAUAAAUAUAAUUAGGGGCGAACUGCGAUUAGAUGUAAAUUCGUGUAAAUAGCUAGUGACGGAAUGGUUUGAUCUCUGGGUAUGAGGAGGGGAGUCCCUCAGGGGCUGGAAUUUUGGGGCAGUUGGGAGCUCUGAUAGCAGGGGAUGAUAGACGAACUGAACAGCUGAUUCAAUUCGUCGCUGAGCCAACAUGCCCUGGUAUCAGACUGGAGUUCCAGUGGAGACUGGUGAACUUCUCAACGUCUACAAAUAAACUAAGGGAUUUUCAGCCACAUAUCUAUGAAACUCGCAAACGAUCUGAGCGUUCGAUACUGGGAAAAGCUCUCUUACAAUUAUUUCCGUAAUUCAGACUGAAAACUAUCGUUGAUUGUUAGUUAACAAUCUGAAUGUAAACCAAAUCCUUAUAUAUGGGAAAUUCCCGUCUGUAAUUCUCCUCUCACUCUAUUACUCUUUCUAUGUGUUCCGUAUCACCGUAACCCUCUCUCUCUCUAUUCUGUAUUGUAACAUACAUGGAUAAAGAACUCUCAUCCAAUCUUAUCUAAUCUGUCUCUCUAAUCUAUUUUGAUCUCUCUAUUUUCUGUCUCUACCCUCUUAGCCUCUUCUUUCAUUUUUGGCAAGUCAUCUUUAUUCUCUGAUUAUUCUUCCAUGAGUCUUGUGUACCUUCUCUUUCAACCUUCUCAAUUUUUCUCAAGCCAAAAAAUUUGAGCCAUAAAUUUCAAAAAAAUAUCCAUCAAAUUCCAGCGCAUUUAUUUCCUGAUCCUUGACAUCAGUUCUACAGAGUAAAUUGUUUAGUUUAAAAUCCUCCACUUGCGAUUAUAAAUUAAAAGAGAUUGCAGAUUGUCUGAUGUUGAGCAUCCUUCUCACUCAUUGUAUUAAAUUUCUAUUUCAAUCAUCAGAAUUAACGAGUAUAUUAUUUUUGGAGCUCAUGUUCACAAAAUUUGAUAUUAUUAUUAUUCUAAGAUAAAAUUUACAUUUUAUGGAAUCAAUUCAAUCAGAAAUACUGUAUCAAUGUACUGAUUCAUACAGAUAAUAACAGAGCAAGAAAAUGAUAAAUUCGUUACAUAAUAAUAUUUGAUAUUGAUAAUUAAGAGAUAAAUUACUGAACUGAAUCCAGUGGAUUGCAAAAUAUGCUAAAUGAAUUUCAAUCACCUUAUAUCUUGAAUGAUCAAGCUUUCAGAUUAUUUAAAACUCAUAGAUUAUUCAAAACUGAAAAACAAUUCUCUCAAUAUUGAUGAGGGCAUGACAUGAGGAAUCAUCAAUACUUUAUAAUCUCUUAAUUAUAAUAAUACAUUAUAAUGAUCGAACCUUCUCCACUUCUCUUUGCAAUCACGUCAUUCAGCUUCUAUAUAAAAUUCAAUUUCAACUUCUCAUUGAUAUUCAGAUUUUUCUACUCGCAAAUCUGUCAAUCACUACUAUUUUCUAAACACUACUCUUUCAAUCAAUCAUUCGACUUAAAUCUCUGCAUUUCAUGCUCUCAAUGCGAGUUUUAUCAGGAACCUUUUCAAUCUUAUAAACGAUGCAUCAGCUUUCAAUUUCAAUUUAUCAAAAACACACAAAACAAGACAAAACAAAAUAACAGAGAAAGUCAAUAGGCGACAAAAUUUCUUUGUUACUUUGUUUUGUCUUGUCUUGUGUGUUUUUAAUAAAUUGAAAUUGAAAAAAUUGAAAUUUCCGUCGAAUCAAAUCAUUAAUCUACAGUAUAAUCAUUAUCAUUUAGUGAAAGAUCUUCCAAAGUAUGCGAGAUGGGAUUGAAACGAUUGUAAUAAAACUGGAUUUGCAUGAAAUUAUGUAGUUAUUGAAAGCCAAUGUGUUCAUAACAAGAAGAAUUUGAAUGAGAAAUGGAUUUUAAGAAUCACAUUGAAGAAAGAUUUGAAUGGAGAUCACCCAACAAAAUAUCAAAAUAAGAUUCCAGUCUCAUUUCCAACACAAUGGAGUAGAAUGCUAAUCACUCACUAAUAAAAAUUCUUCAACAAAUAAAAUUCUCUCACUAAUUAAAUUUUCACUCAUUGUAAUAACACUGACUUCUCAGUCAAUGGAAAGUGUUGAUGAGAACUGUUUGCGAAAAAAUAACACUGUUUUCAUCAAGGUAUCGGCAAAAAUUAAGGCUUCAUCAAGAAACAAAAUUUUUAUAUAAAUGUGAAUAAAUAUUGCGAGAAAAACACUGUUUUCAUCAAGGUAUCGACACAGGCUUCAUCAUGAAACAUAAUGCUUAUAUAAAUGUGAAUAAAUAUUCCACUCAUGGAAAUAUUCGAAUGCUCUACCUGAAUUUUUGGAGAAUAAUAGCCCUCAACUUCUCUCAUAAUUAACUACAUAAAUUUGUAACUUUCCGCUAAAUUAAUUGCUAAGACAUAGAAUAGCAUUGAGAAUUCUUGAAAAUAUAAAUUGAAUGAAACGAAUAAGCAAUAUGAAUCAUAUCAAAUUUGUUCUGAAAUUGUUGCUGUUUAAACUAAUAUAAGCAAUCGAUGCAAUUUAUCAACAGUUCUGGAGUUGAAAUGCCUUAGCAGAGAUUAAUAAAUUAUUAAAUUUUGGCCUUCUAUAAUGUAACUUGUAAGAACAUCAGUAAUAUACUCUACAGAAAAUGAUGGUUCCAUUUUCGAUGUUAAUCUGUGCGUGAAUUCCAAUUAUUGUAUCAGAAGUGUUUCAUUGUACAAAUUAUGUACCAAAGACGUCCCAAUAAAUGCUAUUGAAUAGAUAAUUCUUUGGAAUAAAAACUACUUUUUAAAUUUUGGAUACACAUAAAAGACUCUAACUUCGUUAAUACAUGGCCAACUAUAGCUAGAAAUUCUGGAAUAAGAUAAUUGUUCUUAAGAUAAAAGUUUAGCCUGCCAUUCAAGAAUUUAUCAGUGAAAAGAAAUUGCAAUGAAUGGGAUCCUAAUAAUCUACGAUGUUAGAUGAUAAUUAUCUAAUCGAUUAAUUCUUGAUAAUUGCGCCUUCAUAACUAUGACCAAUCACAUGCAUUCUGAUUUACUUUAGAAUAACCAUACAAUUUUUUAUGGUUAAAAAUUAUUGAUAAAUAUAUUUAUUUGUGAUAACAUGCCAAACAGUACUCCAAGAAUUAAAUUCAUGAUUGAAUGAAGUGGCAAUCUCUGCUAUAGAUUCGAAGUAAUAAAACUAGUUUAUCUAUACAUUUUUUUUAGAAAAAUAAAGAUUUAGGUAUCCUAAUUAUGAUUUGAUAAAUUCAGAGCCUGUAUUAGAAUAAUAACUUUAGUUCUCUUGUUAUUGACCUCCACCUCACUGUGUAUACUUUUAAUUUAUAGUUUAUAAUGUUCUUAUGGUUCAAUAAAAAAGUUCCCCAAAGUAAUAAUAUCUCAUCACUUUCAAAGAAAAUUCUUUUCAAUGAACUUGUGAACUGUAAAACUAUUAGCAUAGCCACAUUCACAUAAGAAGGGCCUAAAUAAUAUGAAAAUCAUUUUAUGUGUUAUGGGCGUUGGGAGCUAAAGUUUUAGAGUUUAUAUAUAUUUAUGUAACCAUUAAUAUAAGAAUAUUAUCCUAUUUCAAAAAUAAGUGUUCAAUUUCUAGUAGCCUAUUUCCUGAAUUGGAGUUUUUAGAGUUCUCUGGAAAUAAAUAACGUGAGUUUGAAAUGAGGGUGACUUUAAAGAGUUGGAAUUUUUCAGUUUAGCAUACUGUACUAUUAUUGAAACAAAACAUGUUCGUAAAUGCAUUGCUCUAUCAUUAUUGCUAUUAAUAAUGAAACCAUACUGGUAGACUCAUCACAAAAUAAUCCCAGCUCGAAAAAAUGUGUAAAGUAGAUUAUAUCAAUGUAUCUAAAAUACAUUCUAGGUACCUUGCAUUAUAUUAUUAUAUUACGAACCUAUUUCCAUCUGAGACUAGGCCUAAUACAGAGACAGAUACCUACUCAGGUUGUGCGGAUUCUAUGUGAUAAUAUAACGAUCCACUUGGUUGGAAAAUCAUCUUCUUGAGAUGAAUGAAAUUCAUGAUCGGUUAUGAACAAUAAUCCUACAAAACAAUGGAGAUUAUGAAAAUUAAGGUAUCAUUUAAAAAUUAGCAUCUUUGCUCUUCAAAAUGAUGGUGAAUAGAUCAAUGAUAACACUGUAAAACUAAAAGAAAAUGUUCAGCUGAAGACAUCUAUAGUAAUUGAAAUUGACACGGCACUAAGAAACAAACAGGCCUAUCUAUACUGUAUUUAUUAUAUAGCUUAAAAAUGAACUUUAGAUGAAUGAUACUGACAAUUUUUAGAUUAUGGAUAAAAUAAAGAUGAAGAUGAUAGUUAAUAAAAAUACUUGAAGGAAUAGGGAUACUUAAUAUAAAAUUGAAGAAUGCGAACUAGAAAAAAACUAUUUUAGAGUUAAAGAGGAACAUAAAAGAGUAUUUUGAAAAAUGAUGGCUGUCUAGACAUGUGAGAGAGUUUGUUGUAAUUGUUGCACAUAAUUAAUAAACUAUUUAUAUGUAAAUAUGUAACUAAUGAAUGAAAGAUCGAUUAUAUUCAAUAUUAUUUCGAUGCAACUGUUCAUUGAAUUACAAAUAGUAGACUAUUUUUAUAAGAACCUUUGAGUAAUUUAGUUAGCAUAUUGGCAUAUUAGUUACCAUGAUAAAUAAUUUAAUUUUCAACCCCACCUAGAGUGAUAUUUCACAGCGAACAAUAGUCAGUAUUGUGUUAUUUUCUCUUAGAGCUGUUGUUUAAUGAUUAAUUAAUGUAAGCUUCUAAUUAGUUUUUUAGUGUAACAUAUAAAUUGUAAGAUAUAAAGUGGAUCUCAGAGAUCCACGACACUGUAGCUUGUAAUUGAGUGUAGUUGAGAUGCUAAGAACUUUUUGAAAAUGUAAGGAUUUGUAAUCGUGUUAUAAUGUUAUUGAUGUUUGUGAAUGAUCACGUUGGUACGCCUGUUUUUGGGUGUGGGCAAUCGAGCACAUCCUUCGGGCGCCAUUUUGUAUCAGCUGGCUUGAAUAUGACCUUGGAAAAAGUAGGGCGUGACCUUGAUGAAGGAGUAGAUACUAUGUGGGAUGAAAUCUAGACAUGUUAUUACAAUGUAUAAAAAUGACAGUGUUAGUGAGUGUUCUCUAACCUUUGUACAAAUGAAUGCUUGUCACAAGUCUCAAUUGCAAUUUGAUUUUUUGUAGUGUAUCAUUUCUAUUUUUGUCUAUAUUCUAUCACUCGCCUUCUAGUGCUCACUUCUAUUGUACUUUUCUUAUGCAUCACUUUUUCAAAUCCUCAAUAUUUUCUUUCAUUAUAAUUGUUGACUAUGGGUAUUUCUCUACUGGCAAACUUGUAUGUACGUAUAUAUAUUUUUAUGCAUCACUUUUAAUAAUGCACACACCUCUAUUUGUUUCCGAAUAUUUUUUUCUAGAAUAAAAUAUUAUAUUAUAUAAAUAUUUAUAUAUAUACAUGAUAUGCACAUACACCAAUCUUUUUUUAAAAUAAGUAUGUGUUCUUUUUGUAGAAAAAAUGUAAAAUAAAAAAAAGAAUACAUGUAUGUUAGCACUAUUUUAAUCCACUAAGUGCACUGAGAAAUUGUGAUAUUAAUAUCCUGCCACAUGAUGUUUAUUGAUUGUUUAUUAUUGACUUGUAGUAUUGCAAAGCACGCCUUGAACACAAAUGCAAUUAUUACCUUGUUUGUUAGAAAUAUUGUUUUUUAUCGAAAUAAAAAUGCAUUGAACACGGGUCAUGCUUGACUUGUUUAAUUAGUGCGUAUGUUUGUUAACUUAUUGAGCAUUUGAGAUAUUUAUUUGAAUUAGAUGUGUAUAUUUAUACUAAUUUCGUACUUCUUUUAUUUGUUUCACCCUUUCCAUUUGCACCAAAGCACUCUUUCACCUCUUCUCCUCUAAGCAUGACUGUUUUACUCAAUAUACAUACACAUAAUUAUAUAAAUAUAAUAUAUUUUCAUUGAAAUUUGCUGUUACCAAGAGACUGUAUUUUUGAAUGUUCUCUAUGAUAUGGUAUAAGAAUAUUCAAAAAAUGAAAUAAAUAGUAAUAUUUUUUUCCAAAUCCAUAAUAUAAUAGUGAACAACGGAGCCGUUCAGCUCGGUGUAAGAUCCCUUCAGCAAUGAUCAAUAGAGUUGAUUCUAGUACAUGGUUGUGUUUGGAAAUCAAUAUUGAUUUACAAUUAUUAUAAUGAACAAGGAGUCGCCUAAACCAUCACUGGUGAAUACUACCCAUUUAUGCUAUUGAUAACGAUUAUAAUCAAUGAUUGUAGUAAUAGUUUAUGAUUAUAAUAGUAAUUGACUAAAGUUAAAAGCUAACAGUAACUACACAUAUCACAUUCAUGUUUUAAUUGUACGGUAUGUUAAAUUGGAGAAAUACAUGUAUAGCCAACAGCCCGACGGCAAUGCAGCAAAGAUGUGAAUAUACUACUCGAAAGGCAAUGUCAAAUACAUAUCAUAUUAUACUUAUAAAUAUAUAUAUUAUAUUAUCAUGGAAAGCUAUGUAUAUACUAUAUAUCCCAUUGAUAUAUACUCUAUAUAUAUAUAUGAAUUUGAAAAGAAUUUAACGAAUGAUGGUGAUGAUAAUGAUGAUAAUAUUGUUCGUUAUAAAAAAUCACUCGUCGUUUGAAAAUACAAAAAAAAGUACAAAAAAUUAUACAUCUUUUAUUGCA